AUGACUACUUUUAAUGGACCAGAUUAUUUCUGGAAAGGUGCUCAAACACUUAAAGUACCGAUGGAAUUAUUUAAAUUAAAUCGUCAACGUCUUUGUGAAGCAUUACGUGCUCAUCGAACAUUACCAUCGGAAUCAUUUGUUUUUUUACAAGGUGGUGCAAGUGAAAUGCGUUAUUGCAGUGAUCAUGAACCAUUAUUUCGUCAAGAAUCAUAUUUUCAUUGGGCAUUUGGUGUGAUUGAACCAGAUUUUUUUGGUGUAAUUAAUGUUCAUAAUGGCGAAUCAAUAUUAUUCAUACCACGUUUGCCAUCAUCCUAUGUUGCAUGGAUGGGUAAAAUCAAAGAAACUGAUGAAUUUAAAAAAAUCUAUCAUGUUGAUCAUGUUUAUUAUGUUGAUGAAUUGGAAAAAGUUUUUAAUGAAAUUGUUGGAACAUCGAAAUUAAUUCUGGUAUUAAAUGGUUUAAAUACCGAUAGUGGAAAAGAAUCGAAAGCAGCUAGUUUUGAAGGAAUGGACAAAUUUCAUGUUGAUAAAACAACAUUACAUCCAAUUAUUAGUGAAUGUCGAGUUUUUAAAACGGAUUUAGAAUUGGAUGUUAUGCGAUAUGCUAAUAAAAUUAGUUCAGAAGCACAUAAAUUUGUUAUGCUCAAUAUUAAAGAUGGAAUGCAUGAAUAUGAACUUGAAGCAUUAUUUCAAUAUUAUUGUCAACGUCAUGGUGGUAUGCGUCAUAUGUCUUAUACUUGUAUUUGUGCAACUGGUGAAAAUCCAGCAGUACUUCAUUAUGGUCAUGCUGGUGCACCUAAUGAUCGUCAAUUAACAUCAAAGGAUAUGUGUUUAUUCGAUAUGGGUGGUGAAUAUUAUUGUUAUGCAUCAGAUAUAACUUGUGCCUUUCCAGUAUCUGGUCAUUUUACCAAAGAACAACGAAUCAUAUAUGAAGCUGUUCUUGAUGCAAAUCGUCAAGUAAUGAAAAGUGUUCGACCAGGUGUAUCUUGGACUGAUAUGCAUUUAAUAGCUGAACGUACACAACUUGAACAUUUAAAAGCUGCUGGUCUUAUUCAAGGUGAUAUUGAUGAAAUGAUGAAUGUUCGUUUAUGUUCUGUAUUUAUGCCACAUGGUCUUGGACAUAUGAUUGGCAUUGAUACGCAUGAUGUUGGUGGUUAUCCUGAUCCACAAACACGUUCAUCAUUACCUGGCUUAAAAUCAUUACGAACAAAUCGUUUAUUACAAGAACGUAUGUGUUUAACAAUUGAACCGGGAAUUUAUUUUAAUCAAGGUUUAAUAAAUAAUGCAUAUGAAAAUGAAGAAUUUAAGAAAUUUUUAAAUCGUGAUGAAAUCAAUAAAUAUUUACAUGUUGGAGGUGUACGAAUUGAAGAUGAUAUUGUUGUUACAAAUAAUGGUUGUGAAUUGUUAACAGUUGUUCCACGUACUUGUGAUGAAAUUGAAGAAUGGAUGAAAUAUAAUGAUAAACAAGUUAUUGACAAAAUUGAUUAUAAAUUAUUUGAUGAAUUAAAUAAAAAACAUCAAUAUAAAAACCAAGAUUUAACAGUAAAAAACAAGUAA